GCGCGACAGAGCGAGCUAGCAGCAAUGAGAGAGCUGGAGAGCACUCUCACACAGAAAGACGUGCUCACAGCUAAGUUGGAAGAGAGCAAAAUGAAAGUGAUAGACUUAGAGAUAGAGCUGAACGAAUCAUCGCUUAUAUUAUCAGAAGUACUCAAAUUGCCAGACCGGCCAGAAUUGAAUAAUAUUAAACGAAGUAAAAGCUUUUUCGAGUUGCAAAAGAGUGGUAAGGUAGUAGGUAGGCUAGACAAAGGUAGACUGAGCAGGAGCGACAACGAGCUAGACAUGAUGCACUGUAGAGACAAGAAGAGGGAGACACCGAACAUUAGUAAAUUAACGAGGAAAAUAUCUGACUUGACAAAAGAAAUGGCGAUUAAGAACUCCAAACUAAUAGAACAGCAAAGAUGUAUAUCGAUAUUAGAGGAAGCAUUGAGAGAAAAUAACAAUAUAGCCGAGUUUGAGCAGUUGCUUGCAGUCGUAAGAAGUAAAGAUGAAAGAAUUAAUGAACUGGAACAGAUAGUGAACAAGAACAGCGUGUCGAACCCGAGCGACUGCAAGGAUAAAAGAAUAUUGGAACUAGAGGACGCUUUGAAGGAAUCAUUCUUGAUAGCAGCAGAGAGAGAGAAAAUAUUCUAUGAAGAAGAACAGAGAAGGAUCGAAACAUUAAGAAGGAUGGGUAAGAUGGAACAACGAAUACGUUCCCUGCAGAAUGCUUCAGCGAUGAAUUGUGAGACAUGUUCCUCAGUGCUAAAGCGCUUGAAGCAGCUUGAAGACUCACUACAACACUGUCAGACUAACAGGGACCAUGUACUGCGGCAAUUGUCUCACGUCGUCCAAGAUGUGCUAGAAGAUUUGAUCAGCGAGAAAGAUUCUCUAAUCGCCGAAUUGGAGGUAAAGGGAGUACUUGACGAGAGUGAGACCAACCGAUGUGACACGCUUAAGACAGAGCGAGAUAGACUGCUCAAUAGGCUUAAGACGGAGAGCGAGCGAAUACUGGAAUUGGAGCAGUGGACCGAGCCAGUGGCCCAAGCAGCGCCCGAGAGCUCCCUACCAGUAGACCUGACCCUGACUGACGAGCUACUGCAGGCCUGUGACGACAAUGUAAUUGUUUGGGAGGAGGACAUCCCAGCAACUGUACUGUAACGGCAAACGCAGCUAAGUCAAAACGUAAAUCUGUUUGUGGCCUUAGCCAUCAUCACCGCACUAGUCACCCAUCACUGCUACCUUACCAACUCAUUCUCGCUUAUCACUCAAGCAUCUAAUGCCAAAUACGAUAUUUCAACAAAAAAAUCUAACGUUAGCUUGCAACGACUUUCGUCAAACUAAAACUAAAACCGAAUUUUAUACCAAAGAUGUCAAUUUUUCUGUAAAUAAAGUUUAAGUUUUUUUUAUUUGUUACUCUUUUUGUUUUAUUUUUUUUUUCCUUUUUUAUCUACUUCUCUCUUUCUCUCUCUGUCCAUAUGUUCCCCCUUUUCGUGCUCUAACGUAAGAGAUUAUUUUUUUACCUCAUACGAUUGAAGGAACCAAUUUAUUUAUAUUAUCGUCUAUGCUACGGCACUUGUUGAUGUAUACCUACAUUAGAGCAAUAAUUACCGAUAUUAUAGUUGAACACUCGAUGUCUAUUUUUAACUUAAUACUAGUCAAAUCUAUCAAUGUUCUAAUGCUUUAACAAAUAUACUUAUAUUAUACGUUUUUAUACAACGUGUGGGAAAACGUAGGUUUAUAUAUAGAGGGACGGUGUAAUCACUUGAGGAGUAUUUAUUGAUGGGUGGUUGUAGCUAACAAGUGAAGAGAUGGGAAGGAUCAGUACCGAUGUAAGCUCGAUAUAAGAUUGUUGUACUUCUCUUUCGUCCACGUUGUAUGAAGACCAAACAGUAGUUAUUAUAAUAUUUUCACCUUGAAAAAGGAUUUUGGACUAUCUAUCCCAAAUAUUUCGGCCUUAGGGAUUUGUUUAGUGGAAUUAUUUAAAUUAGUAGACACUGACAUAAGAUUAGUAAUUGUUUUGCAACGAGUUGCUAGCAGACAAAUGUUCAAUAAAUUUUUACAUAUCAUGCACAAAUUAUAUGGGAAAAUUAAUUCAAUGCUGACAGUCUGCAUAUCAUUACGACUUAAUAAAGUAGCUUCUUACUCAUAAAUCAUAAACCCCUUUAGGAGAUCGGUGUUCGAGAUAUUUUUGGUGAGCCAAGACGCUUAUACAAUGUCUUAAAGCACUGCCUUACAUUCUAAGUAAAAAAUAUUAAAUAUUUUUUGUUAAGCGAAACGCCUCGUUUGCUUAGUGAAAAGAGUCGGGACGACCGCUCUCUUCGACUGAUACCGUUGAAAUGAAAUGAGUAACCGUGGGAAACAAUCUACUUUCCGUUACGGCAGCUAUCGAACUACCCACGUACACGAGUGAUUUUAUAUUUACGUGUUUUGAGCUUUUUAUAAAUAAAACAUUAUACAAAAAACAGUAUUGUAUUUGUGAUAAUAUAGAACCGGUGUCUACGAAAUCCAAUUUGUGAAAGAUAUUUUUAAAUUCCACACGUUGUUACUUAUCUAUAUAUAAUUACAGAUAUAAAAUAAUUAUUUGUACAUCUAGUUAAGUAUGUAAGCCAUUUAAGCUUAUUGCUGUUUUAAGCAAUUGUUUUUUAAUGAUAAAAAUCCCAUUUUCAUAAAUUGGAUUGUCGCUCCAGAAAUUUAAUAAAAAUAAAUAAUAAAAAUGAAUUGAGAAACAUCGAAUAUCGCAUAUUUUCUCGAUAACUUAACGUUCUAACGUGUAUUAAGGGGCAUUGGUCGAGUGUUUCAGUUAUAUUGUUAUACGUUUGAACUCGUCAUUCUGUUAGUACUAAGUGCAUCAAAUGACCUAUCUGAUAGUUUGUACUCGUUCAUGUCCAAUGUCCUUUAGCGUGUAAGUUGAUAUCCUUCCUUGUUCUAUCUCCCACUAAUUUAUAUGAGAUGUUAUAUUAUUUAAUCACAAAUUAUAGAGUGUUGGCAAAUUCUAUGGCUUUUAUACACGGUCGCUGAAUGUAGUAUGUAUAUGUACAGUAGGCGGGAUGUAUUAUGUAUGGCGGUGGUGCGGAGCGUCGACGUUGUUCUGGCGUUAGUUCACGCUCCGUGGCGGAGUCGUCGCGGCGUCCUCGACGUAUUGUUAACGUCUUUCCGUCGUUGGUUCGACGCCCCGCACCCAUCCGCGAGUUAACCUUUUGUAUCGACUCCAGUGUGUAGUUGAAUUGUAUGAUCAAGUCACAAUAAUAUUAUGGUAUUGAAGUAAAUGAUAUUAGUUACUUGUUACUUAAAUAUAAUGGUAUAUAAAUAACAGUGGGUCGUAUUGUUUCACAAGUUGUAUUGACCGAAAUUAUGCUGAAAUUAAAAAAAUACAUGUUCUUUGAAAAUAUAAUAUCUUCAUGUACG